AAUAUUAGUCUCGACUUCCAACUGUAGAUAAGGUAUAUAAAUACUAAUUUUAGAAAUUUACUUUUCUACAUUGUAUCACUUAUUGUGAUUCGGUGAAGUAUGUGUCGUUUUGUGUAAUAUAAAGUUUUUACUGUGGAAAAUUUCAAAAGUUAACAAACAUGUAUUUUUUGUUAAUGUUUAUUAUGUUAUUUUCAACAGCAUCGAAUAAACAAAUACGGUUAAAAAAUAAUGGGAGGUUUCCGGAUAAAUUUACAUUCGGUACAGCAACAUCGGCGUAUCAAACCGAAGGUGCUUGGAAUUUAGAUGGAAAAGGCGAAAGUAUUUGGGAUAAUUUCAUGCAUAAAGUACCAUCACCAGCAUUAUAUGGUGAUACAGGCGAUAUCGCAUGUGAUUCUUAUCGCAGAUAUAAAGAAGAUAUCAGAAAUGCCGCAGAGCUCGGAGUUCAGAUUUAUAAGUUCUCUAUCGCUUGGAGUAGAAUUUUACCAACGGGCUAUGCUAACUUUAUAAACGACAAAGGUCUCACUCAUUAUAAAAAUGUCGUUAAAGAAAUAUUAAAAUAUAACAUGACACCUGCUGUAACAAUUUACCAUUGGGACCUGCCGCAACGACUUCUCGAAGAUGGUAUCGACUGGACAACAAACGAUUUGAUUCCUCACUUCGUAAAUUAUUCUAGAAUUCUUAUUAGAAAUUUACCUGAAGUAGGCUAUUGGAUUACUAUUAAUGAGCCUAAGCAGAUAUGUCGUUUGGGAUAUGGGAUUGGUGUAAUCGCUCCUGGUAUAAAAAGCAAUGGAGUAUUAGAAUAUCAUUGUGCUUAUAUUGUGUUAAAAUCACAUGCCGCCGUUUACCGUAUGUUUAAAAAAGAGUUUCCUCAUUACACAGCUAAAAUGUCACUUGGCUCUGAUUGCCAGUGGAUACGUCCAUUAACAAGCUCUCCAUCUGAUAUAGAAGCAGCAACUAGGCAACUACAGUUCGAGUGUGGUAUGUACUUCCAUCCUCUUUUUAAUGGUGAUUGGCCUGAAAUACUUAAGCAAAGAAUACAAGAAAGAAGUUUCGCUGCGAACUUGAGUAAAUCAAGACUUCCUGAAUUCACUGACGAAGAAAUCUACGAUAUCAAAGGAAAUUAUGACUUUUUAGGAAUAAAUCACUAUUAUACAAUAUUUACCAAAAACGGAAUUGAAUCUCCUCCUAAUAUAACUAGUUAUGAAGCAGAUGUUCGUGUCACCGAUAGUUUUGAUGUAUAUAAACCGGAUGGUAUAUAUGAACUUUUAAAAUGGCUUACAGAAGAAUAUGGAUAUCAUGAAAUUUUAAUAACGGAAUUAGGAUUGGGUCAAAAUUUUACGUAUUUAAAUAAAAUUAAAACACCUCAUCUACAAUCCAAGCCUCCUUAUGUAAUAACAGAAAAUAUUUACAUAAAUGAUAUCGAUAGGAUUUAUCAUUUUAAAGGCUAUAUGUGCUACAUUCUUGAAGCGAUUACAGAUGGUAUUAACGUCAUUGGAAUUAUUAUUUGGAAUCUUAUGGACGAUCUCGAGUGGAUAUUUGGUUACAAUAUUCGAUUUGGUUUAUAUUACAUCGAUUUUGAAGAUCCCAAAUUACCAAGAAUCUCCAAGAAGUCAGCUGAAUUUAUUAAAGACUUGAUGAGAACCAGAACUUUGAAUUGUACAGAAACCAUCCAACCAGUUUGUUUGAUUUAAACUCUAUCAAUAAACAAUGUAUUUUUUUCCAA